GAUAUCACUAACUGAAAUUCCAAGAAGCUCUCUUAAGGAUGCUGCGAAACCAAUCGCCUCUCGCUCGCACACACGCUCGCUCGUUCGCUCGCUCUCUCGCUUUCUCGCACGGUGGCGAGGCUCUCUCGCAGUGUGGCCCUCAAACGCGCGUGGAGUCGGCGGCUCGUGUGUGGUUGCUCCAGUAUUAGUGCGUAAGGUUACGCUCAAUCGCACCAUCGAAGUGAAAACUGAAGGAAGCGCACACCCAUCAUAAAUGCGCAAGAGCUUGAAGCGGCCGGUGAUUGUAUAGAAGCGCAGUUAAAAGUUCUCCGGCGGUGCAGUUCCAGUGCUUUGUGGUUAGAAAAUAGCAUUGUGUGGUGAAGGGAUUCAAAAUACAACAACAGGAUGAGCCAAGCAGCUGAAGGGAGUGAUACCGGUAACGGUGUACCAUCGUCACCGAUAGCCAGAAGUGUGGCCGAGUCCAGCGCAACCCCUUGGCGUCCGAUGACGUUUCCGGACUUGCGUGGGUUCCCCGCCGCACAGCAGCUGUACGGUUUGCCGGUUCCGAUCGAUUUGAGCUUCCUACGCUCACCUGUCAGCAGUGAUGAGGGGGCAUCGGGACAGCCGUGGCAGCAGCAGCAGCAGCAUGCCGACUUACCGUCCCAGAACAGGAUGAGCCAAGCAGCUGAAGGGAGUGAUACCGGUAACGGUGUACCAUCGUCACCGAUAGCCAGAAGUGUGGCCGAGUCCAGCGCAACCCCUUGGCGUCCGAUGACGUUUCCGGACUUGCGUGGGUUCCCCGCCGCACAGCAGCUGUACGGUUUGCCGGUUCCGAUCGAUUUGAGCUUCCUACGCUCACCUGUCAGCAGUGAUGAGGGGGCAUCGGGACAGCCGUGGCAGCAGCAGCAGCAGCAUGCCGACUUACCGUCCCAGGUAAUUACACCUCGGGAGGACGAGCUGGUGGAAGCCGAUGUCAGUGGUGCUCCAGUGGCUCCAAUGAGAAUUAAAUCCGCUGGGCUGGUCCCGAGAGCUAGUGGCGCCGUAGCGGUAGUGGAACCGUAUCAACACGAGACCGGGUCUGAUGAUGAAGCAAACGAACAAGACUCGUCGGAAUUGGACGACGUUAUGAUUCCCGCAUGUCCAACUGCUAUUAGCGCACCGAUAUUUUUGCAACCCGAAAAUGAGGAAGCAAAUAUGACAGCAUUCAAUGGUGCUGCAUCGAUUGCUAACCCGUGCUGGCCACCGCUGCAUGAGCAUACGGAACAGCCCGACCAGCAACUAUCCGUCGAUGUUCCAAUCAUAGUUAAACUAAUCGGUAGAGCAGGAUCGUACGGUUCACUGUACGCGAUUUGGUACGCUCAAUUGGGAAGCCACGAUAUCAUGGAGCGUAUCCCGGAUUGCGUCAUAUUUGCCCCAGAGCUGCCACCGGAUCACCAGGGACCCCCACCGAUACUUACAUCGCUUUUGCUGCAACGCAGAAUGUCGACUGGCGAGCUGGUGACGGUUCCGUAUGGCCCGAAGCAGAUGCCUGGCCAUUCGAUUGAAUAGGAUGUGCCCACGAAAACGGUGCAGCUAUCGGUAAACCAAACCUACCCUUGUUUGUACCCUUAUUGGAGAAAGUGGACCAAUUUUGAGGAUUAAUUUUACUUUAAUACAAUGUAUUUUGGUAAAAAAUCAUUUAAACGUUAAACAUUUGUAUGACUACAUUUUGUACUAAUAUUUGAAGUCAAUAAAGAAAACAAUAUUUUUGAAGAGUUCAUACCGCAUAACAAAGACAUGAUAUAUGUUUCCUUUAUUCCUUCGGCAUACUCUCCCUAAAUGGUCGACUGUUUGCAUUAAACCACGUGCCGUCUUCAGUAUUAUACAAGCUUUUAUUCAUUGAACAUUGGAUUCAUUCCUGCGUAUUAAUGUGUAAUGAGUUC